GCGAACUCGCAGUCCCGCGCGAAAGCACCCCAAAGCCCGUUCGCCUCUCUCUCGGAGCAGUAGCAGCAGCGGAGCAGCAGAACCAUCAUCCUCUCCUCCUUCGAGACAUUUCUCGGCGGCCAGCGACGCUGUCUCUUCUUCUCUCACUCCAUCUCGCUCUCCCUCUACCCCUUGUUAGACAGCGCCGGUCUCUCUUGUAUUCUAUCUCCCUGUGUGAAGGAGCUGCUGUCGCUGGACGACUCUGAGAGCUGCACUGCUACGGACGACGGAAGCCGACAGGGACGACAGGGAUCUGAGCAGGCGAGGGGCACUGCGGAGAGAACAUGGACAAUGUGAAUGUGCAAAUGAUCGGCACUAAAAUCACAGCGAUCAAGGAAUACUUAUAUAACUUUGCCCGAACGCACUCGCCCACCAGACUCAUGAGUUCCGAAAACACGUACUCGCUCUCCAAGGAGCACGGUAACCUCAAAUAUUCGGAUAUCCUGCCACAGAAUGCCGAGGGAUUUCCGGCCACGAAGGAGUUCCUGAUGAAGGUCGUCGACAUCCUGCUGGACUACAUAAAGACGCAGAGCGACCGGAACUCGAAGGUCCUCGAGUUCCAUCAUCCCAAUGAGAUGUUGCGUCUAUUGGACCUCGAGAUCCCGGACACGGGAGUGACGCUGCAGCAGUUGCUGGUCGACUGCUCGACGACGCUCAAGUACCAGGUGAAGACAGGUCACCCGCACUUCUUCAACCAGCUGUCAUGUGGCCUGGACCUGGUCUCAAUGGCCGGCGAAUGGCUGACGGCAACGGCCAACACCAACAUGUUCACCUACGAGAUCGCUCCGGUUUUCAUCCUGAUGGAACACGUGGUCCUGCAGAAGAUGCGGGAGAUCAUAGGCUGGCCCAACGGAGCCGGCGAUUCCAUCCUGGCACCUGGCGGAUCCAUCAGCAACCUCUACGCUUUCCUGGCAGCCAGACACAAAAUGUUCCCGCAGUAUAAGGAACGUGGCCUCGCGGCCGUUGGUGGUCAACUCGUUAUGUUCACGUCUGAUCAGUGUCACUACUCGGUAAGGUCGUGCGCUUCGGUUGGAGGUCUGGGAACGGACAACUGCGUGAUGGUACCCAGCGACGAACGCGGACGCAUGAUUCCGCAGCGCCUCGAGGAACUGAUACUCGAGCGCAAGGCCAAGGGCCACAUCCCGUUCUUCGUGAACGCGUCGGCCGGCACCACCGUCAUCGGUGCCUUCGAUCCCAUACAGGAAAUUGCCGAUAUCUGCCAGAAAUACAACUGCUGGCUCCACGUCGACGCCGCUUGGGGUGGCGGACUGCUGCUCUCCAGGAAGUACAGACAUCCCAGGCUGACCGGAAUCGAACGGGCUGACUCCGUGACAUGGAAUCCUCACAAGCUCAUGGGCGCUCUGCUGCAGUGCUCCACCAUUCACUUCAAAGAAGACGGCCUCUUGAUCAGCUGUAACCAAAUGUCAGCCGAGUACCUGUUCAUGACGGACAAGCUGUACGACGUGAAAUACGACACCGGCGACAAAGUUAUCCAAUGCGGGCGACACAACGACAUUUUCAAGCUGUGGCUGCAGUGGCGUGCCAAGGGCUCGGAAGGUUUCGAGAAGCACAUGGACCGAUUGAUGGAACUGACGGAGUACAUGGUCCGUCGGAUCAAGCAGAUGCCCGACAAGUACUAUCUGAUCCUGGAGCCGGAGCUCGUCAACUGCUGCUUCUGGUACUUGCCGACGCGUCUACGCAAUGUGCCCCACACAGCCGACAGGGAACGAGCUCUUGGAGAGAUCUGCCCGAUUCUAAAGAACAGGAUGAUGGAGUCUGGAACUCUGAUGGUGGGCUAUCAGCCGGACGACCGGAGGCCCAACUUCUUCAGGAACAUCAUAUCCAGCGCUGCCGUCACGGAAGCCGAUGUCGACUUCCUACUCGCCGAGAUGGACCGUCUUGGCCACGACCUGUAAAUCCGAGGUAUAUAGCGUGACGUAUCCUCGAAUCAAACGUCUUUUUGCCCUGACAGUAUUAUGGAUGUGUGAGAAAGGUAUACGCUUGUUUACUUAUACGCGUUUUGUUGUUUGACGAUAUGAAAAUGGACAUAUUUAUUAUUGUUGAGAUUUUCUAUUAUUUGGCUGUAUAGAGAGAGUCUUUUGUUGGCGAUCAGGUUUUGAGUUGAUUUUCACUGACAGUCGACAAAAAGAUUUUCAAAAAAAUAAGAGUCACGCGGUAUUAUAUGUACAAAAUCCCUUAGAGCAAAAUUCGCAACCAUGUCUUGAAAACAUAUGAUAAAAAAAAAUAUAUAUAUACAUAUAUCGUGCAGAUGAUCUGAUACUCUUUGUUAGAUCGAUUUGUAAGAGAUGAUUAUUAUCAACACAUUAGUUUAAAGAUUUUGUAAGUUGACCUUUAAAACUGUCUGUAAACUAACUGUCUCUGUACCUGUGGAUCGGGUUUUUUGUUAUAUCGGGUUGUUUCAGAUAAAUUAUCACUGUGUUUCGCAACGUUGCUUGCUAUGUAUAAUACAUACAUUUUAUAGAAUCAGAACAUCUGCCUUAGAUAAUAAUUUACAUUCGCCGUUAUAUAAUUACGAAAAUUAGCGUUUAAAGCAAAAUCUGUAUAUUUAAAUAUAAGUUUGAGAGAAAAAUAUAACGUUGAAAUUAUCCAAGAGUAAACGGAUAAUCUUUUAAAAGUCGUCGAAAAUCAAAGAAAGUACGAAAUGUAGGAGAAUGAGAUUAUAACGCUAUCAUGAAGCUCGAGAGUGUAGAUGUUCUCUGACAACGUAAUUCUGAUCUGGCCAUGAUAAUAAUUAUUAACAGUAAUGUUAUAAUAAUGUGACAUUCUCCUAGACUUAAGAUUUGCUAGUUAUGUAAGUAUAACAAAAAGUUACAUAGCAUAUCCAAAACCGACAGAAAUGAGGAAAGAAGCCCUGUUUACAGAAAAAGGUGGUCGUGACUAUAGCAAGUUUUGGUUUUUAAAAGGUUGAGGGUAUGGAACAAAUACAAAUGAUAUACAGGAAUCAAAGUGACACACACGGUGCAGGAAUACCGUUUUUGUUGACGAUUGUCUGCAGUGCAGAUGUCUAUAUUAUAUUUUCUUCGUUGCGAAAACCAUGAGAGGUAUAUCCAGAUACAAUUAUAUUAUACAAGAUAAUUAUAUAUUAGCAGAAAACUAUCUAUAUACAUAUGUUUUUUCACAUAUUAUAUUUUUAACUAAAUAUUUUUCAAAGCAAAUUCAACUAAAUUUUGCAGACCGUUUGCUAAUUUAAAAAAAAUCGAUAAUAGCUUUAACGACACAUUCGUAGCGUAUUUAACUAUAUAUUAUUAUAGGGGAAUACUAAAUGAAAACUGAGAAUACGGACAUAUUAUGAUGAAAUCUUUCAUGUAACCAAAACUUGUUAGAAGGCAAGAAGCGACUUGUUCGAGGUGCAAUAUUUUCUGCUAAAGUGUUCCACACACGUAAUCACGUUGUUGUGCAAGUUCCAACGAAUCGUCAAUAUAUAAAAAACGAUAUAUAACAAAAGAGCGAGAUAGGUUGAAGUCGAUCAUGACUAUUAAACGUUGAGAGAUUCUUUUAUUUUACAAAAAGGCGAACGUUGCAAUCAGUUGAAAUGUAUAAUCAUCUGUUCGCGAUAAUUUUAGGGAAUUACUCAAUUAAUUGCUUCUUUGAACAUUUCUGCCAAUGCCUACACACAAGUACUUAACAUUUUAGAUUAUAAAAGAAAACUACGCGAAGACUCGUUUGAUUUCGCUGUUGAACGGCUUUAUAUUCUUAGGAAUGGUCUAUAUAAUGAUAUCUUACAACUAGAAUAAAAUAUGUAGCAGAAAAGCAUCAAAGUAUAAAUAUACUUAUAAAUAUAUACAUAAAUAUAUGAAUUAGCGUUGAGAUUCAAAGGAAUACAAACACAAACCCAUGAAAGUAUGUGCUUUUUCAAAAGAAAAGAAGAAAAAAAAAUACAAAUUGUCUCGCAGACUCUUGGCCUGUUUAUGCAACUGCUGAAAAAUUGGAAAACACUUUCUAUCUAUUCUAUAAACAUUUUUCUAUUAUAAACAAUUGCCCGUUGUUUAUAAAUCAAAAGACAUAACGCUAUGCAAAACUACUGAGAAAUAAAAAACAAAAUAAUAGCCAGAUUUUUAUUCGCAAAUCCAUCAUUUUUGCUCAUCGCAUGUGUAACGAAAUUUGACAAAGAGCCGAGCCUUUAAGUGAGAAUUAUUUAGAUGCGUGAUAUCUAACAGUAAUGAUGAAGAUGAUCCCUGUCGUGUAUGAGUGUGACACGCGGCCCUGAAACCGUUAGAACAGUGCAAACAAAAAAAAGGUAAACAAAAAGCGAUGAAAAAUUAUAGUCAAAUCACUCGCCAUGUCCGCGUGGAGAAAAUUUUUGCUCGCUGUAAACACGUUAUAAUAAUUUAAUAUGCAAUUCAUUCAACCGUAACGUAACCGAACUGACUAUUUUUUAAUUAAUCGGGACAAAUAUGUAAUAUUUACGUUUGGUAAAUAUCGUACUUUAAACUCGAGCCAAAAUUUACUUGACGCGAAUAUUGAACUAUAAGUAUAUAAAUAAAAGUAUAAAACAAAUGGUACACAUAGCUGUAAACGUAUCUAUAAAACGACUUGAAAAAAGUGUAAAUGUAUUUCUGUACAUUAACGACCAUUACUUUCACUAUAUGCAUAAGGUUCGUUCUACUGAUCGUUGGUUUAUGCGUUCGUUAUAGAGACAUAUUUAUUGCUUCAGAGUUGUAUAUUACACUACGAAAAAGUUAUCAUAGUCGAGUUUUCAAGAAGCCAGUUAAUUUUUAGGCCAUAUGAACGUACGUAUUCGUGUGACUAAUACCUGUACUUACAAAAAUAAAAAAAUAAUGCCGAUAUGAGUAUAUAAUAACGAGACGGGCGAGAUGAGUUUAUCCCAUUUUAUUCCGUCUCAUUAAUUUAAUAAACAUUCUGAUUAUAUAGCACGGCAUUUCAGAUAUAAAACGAGUUACUUAACCUGCCGAAAAUGCAAAUUUACUUGUCGUUCCUGGAAAUUCUGCGCACGCGUUGAACACUAUAAUUAAUUCAGCUGACAAUAACCAAAUCAUAGAUUAAUAACUGCAUGGGAAAACAAACGCUUUCCCUGAUGUUGACAGAAUUUUUUCUCCGCUACAAUGUGUAAAUAUAGAUUUGAUAAACUCAUUUGGCACGUGCACACAAGCUAAUGCCGUAAAGGUUGCCUUAGGCAGUUUUUAAGAGACCGAAAAUAAGAACGCCAGUCCAGUAACAGAUAAUAAAUAAUGAGUAAAUAAACAAGUAACCUGACAAUAUAUCGCAACGUAAAAAAUAAACGCUACUGUAAGAUAAUAACGAGAACGUAUGAGAGAGAAGUGCGCAUCGGCACGAAGCAACGUUGGCCCAUUAUAUAAUAAAAACAAAAAAAAAGAUGUAUUUUUAAAAGUUUGACUACACUAUCACCGACUAAUCCGUUUGAAGCUGUGUUAUUUAACUCUGAAUAUGAUGUUGAUUGUUGGCAUUAAAAAAAGAAACAAGUUUAAAAUUACAAAAAAAGUCGCAGAACAUGAAAAAUGUUAAUGUUCCGUUGUGAAAAACCUUACGUACCGAUGCUAAACGUUGUAUCUCACAGGUGACAUCCUAUAUUAACGAGUUUUUCCGGUUCUAUGUGAAUGAUAAUGAUUAUAUAAAAAAGAGCCAAAAAAUUAUGAACGAGAGUCAAUCUAUACUGUAUAAAGUAUAUCUAUACAACAGAAAGAGUAACGAUAUUUUUAUUGGAAGUACAUAAUUUUUCAAAGUGAAUUACUUCCGAUAGACACCUAUUCCUCGAGGUUCUCAAGAAUUCUCAAUUGUUAUAUUUGUGCGAUUCCGCAGGCGUCGAGUCGCGCCUGCAAAAUACAGAAUAUUAUAAUUGUCUUCCGAUGUGCUUUAAAAACAAAUCGUAUUUGGACCGAAUUCUUUAUCAAAAGGUUAUAUAUUUAUGGUUGAUUGAUGAACUUUUUUUUAUAUAAAAAAAGAAAAACAAAUGAAACGAUGCGCGAGUCGUCGAAUUAGUGAAUCUCCGGUAGUUUUUAGCGACUAAUGAAACAGUUUAACGAUGUAAGAGUACGAUCUAUGCUUGUGUAUACAUUUAGUGCCAGAAGAGUACGUUUGCGUUCGUUAAAAUGCGGUUUUUAUUUUACCGACAAACAAAAGCAUUAUGAUAUACUUGUCUGUGAUAGAAAUGCGUUUAUUGUGUAGGUGACUUUAUGAGUAAACUCUGUUCACACAUGAUUAUGGAUCGUCAAUUCUAUACAUUUUAAAAAUGCACUUUACGAAACGGUAUAUUGUAAAUAUUUAUUAAUUGAAAAAAAGAUAUAUAUAUAUAUAUAUAUAAAAGUAUAUUAAAUGUAAAUGCAAGAGUGUAACAUAGCGCUUAUUAAUUAUAUUAUGCGUAAUUAACUGUUUUUUGUUACUCGAGUUGUUAUAAUUGUGAGCGAAGAAAAACGGCACGAAUAUGGCUUUAAGAGAGAAGAAUGAAAAUAAAAGAAAAAAAAUUAUGACCCCGUUCGAUUUGUCGUUCGGCGUCGAUUGUUGUUGAUUAUGCAUAUUUACGUAUAUAUAAAAAAUGUAAAGACCGAGUUAAGCUUAAGAGAAAUGGAAAAAGCAACAGAAUCCGAAGUCUUCCAAAGUAACAAAGGUGUACGUAAGAUUAAGUGAUUUUCAGUUGAUUAUUAAUCAUUGCAAAAGAGCUGAAUGAAUUGAGUGAAAAAAUCAUCCAAGUAACCAAAAGCAAUUGGCUGAAAGUUUUGUCUUGUAUGAAAAAAAUGCAGGUUUGCGGUAGCGCCUAAAGAUCAGUAAUCAUUCAACAACGUUGCGCUUUAGCCAAUAAGCACACUGCGUACCACACAUAAUAUUACCCAAGAAAACUUACUUAUUCCUAAUUACCUUGUGUAUAUCAAUGUCUAAUAAAAUAAAGUGCUGUUAUCUCA